AUGACUUCGCUAAAAGAAUCAGAUACUUCAACAAAUGAAAAAGAACAAAAUCAAGAACAUCAAUUACCUUCAAAUAGAAAUAGUGAUAGUGAUAAUCAAUUAGAAAAUGACAUUGAUAAUGAUAUAGAUAAUGAAUUAACUGCAGAAGAAUAUGGGAUGCCAGAACCUGAAAAAGAUAUUCAAUCACCAGAAUAUAUAUCAUUUUUCAGUCCAGAAUUUGCACAAAAUAGAAGACAUAUAGCUUGGAAAUUUUUAAUCAAUAUGUUAGCUUUAUGUACUUUAAUUAUGGCCGCUUUUUCAAUUUAUUGGGGUUCAUUUUAUGAUAGAAAUAGUUAUUUAAAAAAUUUGAAUUUUUUAGUUGUUAUUGGGGAUGAACAAACUAAUGGAAUUCAACCAAUAUUUGGAAAUACAAUGGAACAAAUUUUACUGACUGAAUUUGCAAAAUCAAUUGGUGAUUGGCAUAUAUAUGAUUAUGAAAAUUUUCAAAUAGAUGCAAAUAAAUAUGGAAAUACAGUAGAAGAAGAAAUUUUAAGACAAGUACAUCAUCAAAAAUAUUGGGCAGCAAUUUAUGUUAAACCUGAAGCUACUUAUAAUUAUCAAAAUGCUUUACAAAAUGGUGAUUCAACUUAUAAUAUUACUGCUAAUACAGUAGUUGUUCAUUAUGAAACAGGUAGAGAUUUUCUGAAUAUGGGUACAUAUAUAAUGCCACAAGUUCAAAAAAUCGAAAAACUAUGGUUAAAAUCACAACCAAAUACAACAACAAGAAUUAUUCAAAAUAAUAUAGAUAUUGAUUCAACUUCCAAACUUCAAAUUGUAUCAACUCCAUUAUCAUUCGAAUAUGUAGAUCGAAUUCCACUGACUGAAGCUAUUUUAAUUGCACCAUUACAAGUUGGUAAUAUUUAUAUGAUUUUGUUAACAUUUUUUGCAGCUAAUUUCUUCACAAACACACAUAUGAGAAUAGCAAGAACAAAAUUAAACAGAUUACAUUAUUUGAUAUAUAGAUGGAUGACUUCAGUUUUAUCAUUUGCUGUAUUAUCUAUAUUUUUUGGAUUAAUUACAUUAGCAUUUCAAGUUGAUUUUACUGUUACUUAUGGAAGGUCUGGAUUCUUGGUAUAUUUUUGUAUUACUUGGUUAACUAUGAUUGGAGUUGGAUUAGCUAAUGAAAUUGCUAUAAUGGUUAUUGUUGGAAUAAUUCAAAUUCCAGCAUUAUUAAGUUGUUGGAUGAUAAGUUGGAUUAUUUUAAAUAUAUCACCAUCUUUUUCAGCUAUGGCAUUAACAAAUAAUUUUUAUAGAUAUGGGUAUGCAAUGCCAACAUAUAAUGCUUUUGAAAGUACUAAAACUGUAUUUUUUGACGUUUAUAAAGGUGCAUUAGGUAGACAUUUUGGUAUAUUAGUUGCUUGGAUUGUAGUAUUGACUUUGAUUUUCCCAUUUGUUAUGAUUAAAUUUGGUAAGAGUAUGGCUGCUAAAGGUCAAAAAGAAGCUGCUGAAGCACAAGCUAGAGCAAGGGCACAAAUUGAAAAAGAAAACUUGGUGCUUAAAAAGACUUUAUUUUAA